GGUGCGGGAAGGGUACACGCUAGACGUCGUGCGCCACCCCGACAUCCUUGAACAUGACGUCGGCACAUCCGCAUCUCACUAUUACCAGCUGUGAAUCCUUCAAGAUCCUCAAGGAUCAAUAACAAUACGAGAACAUGCCUACUAAACAAGCACAGCAAAGUCCGAAACCGAAAUCCGCGAACAGUAACAACAAGAUGGGGGACAGCAACACCAGCAAACAGCAGCCUAUCCCUGAACGCGAAAUCAAACAGAAUGCCGGAGUUUCAGCAACCAUGGCGUUGCAGGCGGCGCAGAAAGCAUGGGAAUACAGGCAGGCAGCCAACGCUGCAGGAGACCCAGAUGCCCGAGAGGAGAUCCUCGCCAAAGCUAUCAAUAAAGAGAUCGAAGCAGAAUCUUUUGGCAAGGCAGCCAAGUACACGCAGUCUGGUGCAUUUCAGGGACUUGCUGCUGGCGCAGGGCUUGGUGUACAACCUGGAGUCACGAUUGGCAAAAUCACUGGAGCCAUCGUGGGAGGAACCGUAUCUACAGUCACGGGUCUACUCGGCGCUGGUAUUGGCUCAGUGUACGGUGCCAUGAAUGGGCCAAUGUGGGAUCUUGGACAGAUGGCCAGCCAUGGAGUCCGAGGUGUCAUUGGCGACUUUCCUAAUUGGAAGUCUACGCCGGCACAGAAGAAGGCCUUGGAAAAGAUGGUCAUGCAGUCGAAGGAGACACAAGCGCCCACCGAGGAAGAGUUGGAGCAGAUGAAGAACGAUAUGCCAGAUGAUAUGCCGCAAAACUGGUCCCAGUCGGUGCAGGAUAUGACCAGCUGGAGACCUUCAAUGCCAUCCAUGCCCAAAAUGCCGAACAUGCCAUCGAUGGGCCAAGCUGGCACUGCUGUUGGUUUGGGAGGCCUGGGUGCCUCACUGGGAUUUGGUGGCGGCCAGGAGAAGGGCCCAAGUAACCAGACUCAGGCAAAGGCCAGGCAGGCAUCUCAGCAAGACGGCCACGCGGUUCGGCAGGCAUCUAAGCCCAAGCAGCCUGCUGCUCCCAAACAAGCCCCUACACCAAAAGAAGCACCUACACCUAGGGAAACUCAAAAGGCAGAGACCAAGCCGGAGCCGGAACCAGCCCCUGCAAAAGACUCGAAGCCACAACCUCGCAAGUCACAGAGAACUUCUGCACCACAGCAACAGCCCGAAGCAAGCGCGCCAACAGAAACGAAGACCUCGACGCAAGAACCGCCGAAGAAGUCACAAGAGACAAAGCCGAAAGAAAGUGCUGCAAAGAAGGCUGCCGCGCCAGAGAAGUCGCCACCAAAACUUGCCUCGAAGCCACCGGCUGCAAAGCCUGCGGCGGCUGCUCAGUCGAAGCCCGCUCCCUCAGCAGCGAGCACCGAGACCAAAGCCCCAGCUUCCUCAAACGGCGAACGAAGGAAGCCACGAAAACUAGCUGCCAAGUCUGAUAGCGCAAGCUCAACUCCAGCACCGACCGCUAAGCGGGCACCCAGGAAACUUGAAUCGCGCAAGGCGGCAGCUUGAAGUGCGUCUCGUACUGCGACUUGUCUAAGAUAGGACAUGUGCUUGUGCUGCUUGAGGUACAGCUGAUUGCGAAGGAUGUUGUACCGUUGUUCGAUGUGUAUAGCGUUUGCAUUGCUUGUCUUGAUGAGUGCUUCAGCAAGCGGGCCGGCUUGACGUCUUUAAUCAUAGCGAAUCACCCUUAUCAUAGCAACUGAAUUUGAUACCCACCUGAUGCAC